GCGGGGGGGCUUGUUGCCGCGAUGCCGGUUGGGCUGAGGGUGGCUUCUCGGCCGUGCCAGGGCCGGGGCCUUUAUUAUUGAUUUUUUAACUUAAAGUCAUUGGCAGGUGUUCGGAGUGAAAUAGGUAAUUUAAAUGUGUGAUUACGUAACUUAUUAAUCAAUUUCACCUGCGAGAUGAAUGAAUACGUAACGAUGGUUCCAGCAAUUAGGUGCUUCUACGCGCUGUCACCACUUACUACAAGAAAAAAAAAUGUCGAAAUAUUGUUUUGAUUUGUAGACCCUUAAUUUGACGCCGUCAUUGAAAUUAUAGGCUCAUAUAAUAUGCCAGCAAGAUAAGACUGUUCCCGCUUUGCCACUUGGUGUGUUCCCAACUCUAGCAUUGCCCACCUGUUACACCUGCAUCUGCGGGUGUAUGUGUGCGCGUGUGUGUUGUUUGUAGGAUUGCAUGCACGGCCGCUGACAAAGUGGUGCUUUCGGAUACAACUGCACUCGCCCAAGUGAAACGCUAACUCCUGCGCACCACAGGCCAGCAUUCGCGCCACCGUGAAGAGACAGCAUCAGUGGACCCCCUGGAAAGGCUCUUCGUACGACGUCCCGAUCGCGUUUAUUUGCACCUGUUUGUUUGCCAUCGGCUCUUCCCCCUCCUCGCCCUCCACGUGCGGAAUAAGCGGAGCCCAUUUUUACGCCCUCCUUUGGUUUUAGUCUUUUUCCUUCUCCUCGUCCCAUUCCCCCGUGUGCCCAGAGUGGCAGCAACAGCUUAGCAAGCAUCACACGACCGAGGGUCGAGCCAACCGGUUUGGGCGAGGAGAGAGAUGCCCACGGUGGCGGCGUUGUACAGCUCGCCAAGAGCCUGCCCGCGAGGAGCGGUGGCCUUCUCCUAAUGGCGAAUUCGUCUCGCGCGCACACCCAUCCUCUCCGCCGUCGCUAGCCGGCCAGGCCGUCCACGAACCAGCCUUCCUUCCCUACCACCACGCCGGCGGCAAAGAGGGCCCCCCGUCAGCUAACAGAGAGCAGCCUCCAGGCGAACCUUUCGAUGCUGCGCUGAACGCGUCGUCCCACCAGGCCUCCUCGGCACACCCGUUACCGUAUGCGCCGACGUCCUCUAUGACGAGCCCGCGUCAUCAACUGGUCCCGAGUCCGAGCCAUUCCGCGGGCGUCGCCAGUCCCGUCUCCAUGGCCGACACGUGGGGCAUGAACGAGCUGGGCGUCUGGUUCGACGAGGCCGAGAACGGCGUCACCGGCGCGCUGCCGGUCCCAUGCCGCAUCAAGCAAGAGCCACAGUCGGCUCCUUCGUCUCCCCAAUCGUGCAUGAUGAACAACGGCGGUGGCGGCAACGCCAUGCUGGACUAUCCCGCACUCCUCGAGGAACUCGUGAAUGUGACUAAGAACUGUGUCGCAUCUCACCCGCGCUCAGCGCCCACGGCGAUAGCCUCUGCACAGCCACCGGCUGCUGCAGGUAACGCCGCUGCCGCCGCGUUGGUGGCUCAGCCGGGCAGUCCCAGCAUGUACGACGAACCGUGCGCCGGAUUAGUGCGCUGCCACGGCACCGCUGCCAUGACGUACGCGCCCGCCAAGCCGUGCCGUCCUCCGCCGCCCUCGUACGACCAGCGGCUCGCCAUCAAGACCGAGGACUGUGCCGAGAGUGACGCGGCUGCGGAUUGUUGCACGUCACUGUCCGCAGACAAGCUCGACCAGCUUCGACUGCUCGCCAUGCAGCAGGCGGCUAAGGACAUCGACGUCGCCUGCCAGAUCCUCAACAUCUCGCCGAAUCCCUAUCAGUGGAGUGUGGCAAACGUCCACUCAUGGCUGGUGUGGACUCAGCAGCAGUAUGGUUGCCCGUCCUUCAGGACCGACUACUUCAACAUGAACGGCCCCGCACUGUGCUCCCUGAGUGAGGAAGACUUCAGAAUCCGUGCCCCAGGAUCGGGCGACAUCUUCAGCGCGCAGCUGGAAAUAUGGAAGUCCGCCGCUCAUCUGCGGACGUCAGAGCAAAAUCAUCAGCAGCCAGGCCAACGGUCGGGGGCAACGCAGUUUUGCCCCGAAGAUAGCGUGCUGGACCUCGCGAGCCUUCUGGGCCAGACCAUCUCGGGCAGUGGGGCGCCGGACGCCUCGCCGCCACGCACCUCGCCCCUCAGCCAUCACAGCGACAGCCACAGCGAAACCGCCCACAGCGACGACGAGGCGAGCGACACGAGCAGCGACAUCGCCGAACGCUGCCUCGGCACCGGCGUCGCGCUGACGACGGGUGUCGUAGCGGCCGCAGGCCGUGCCCCUUCUUCGUCGCACAUCCACCUGUGGCAGUUCCUCAAGGAGCUCCUGUCGCAGCCGCAGCUGUACGGCAGUUGCAUCCGCUGGCUGGACCGCAGCCGGGGCGUCUUCAAGAUCGAGGACUCAGUGCGCGUGGCCCGGCUGUGGGGCAAGCGCAAGAACCGGCCCGCCAUGAACUACGACAAGCUGAGCCGCUCCAUCCGCCAGUACUACAAGAAGGGCAUCAUGAAGAAGACGGAGCGCUCGCAACGGCUAGUGUACCAGUUCUGCGCGCCCUACAGCUGUUGAUGAUCCCGGUUCCCUGUAAGGGCGGCCCGAUCCGACGAGGCUUUCUCAGCUGGUUCUGGGCCUCGAUCGGUGCUUCGCGGCCGCCUGGGUUCCCCCCCGUGAAAAAAAAAGAAGAAACGCAAACAGUGUGCGUUGUUGUACGUGUUCGUCGCAUAUUCCCCCCAAAUACUGUAGCGCUCUCUCGCAUUCUUUCUCUUUACUACUAUCGCGUCCCUGCCCCUGUUUUGGUGUCAUUUCUGCCUUGCAUACAACGCCCUCUGCCGUUUGCAUUACGCCUCAUCGGAGUGCUUUCGAUGUAGAAACCGCGGAGAACACUCGUCGAAGUCUACGUUUCGGCCGAAUGAGUUUGUAUUUUGGUCAUUUGAAGACUUUACACUCGAUAAAAAUAAUAAGAAGGCGAAGAGCCUAAGAUGUAAAGACUAAAGAAUCUGUGUCACAGGCAGCCUAUAGAACGAACCCACUGUUCCUCUAAAAUUGCGAAAUCUAGCUCGACGGUUAAAAUGUUGGAACGUCAAGCUAACUUCGUUUACCAAAAAAGCAUUCUCAGUCGCUCCUACCUCCAUUAACAAAAUUCGGUUAUCUGAAUCUACGCAACCUGCAAUCAGUGGCACUUAAAUGAAGCCCAUCAUGUAACUGUAGGCUGCAUAAAAAAAAAAAAGAAAAGCACGCGAAAGAGAAAUACGGCUUUGACGAGGGCUCCGUGGUCGUUGCUUACGUUCUGUACAUAGAGACAGGGACAUAGCACUGCACUUUUAGUAGUUUUGUCUUUGCUCACUUUCUCGUAAAGUGCGACCCCUUCGCAAGAUCUCCCUGUCCCGUUUCCUUCCCGAAGUUUUUCAGCUUUGCUGCUGCUGCUGUUGCUGCUUCCCUUCCCUACUGACCCCCGUCCCUUUCCCGGCUGGUCCGGGAUCGGGCGGGGGAUGCUUUCCCUCUCUCAGAGCGUGCAUGCUGAGGUCUUCCUGCGCCGGCGAUCUGCCCGCGACGCUUUUAUUUCUCCUGUCGACCGCUUCUGUUUUACUGAAAUGGUGUAUCCUCUGUUUGCAGUCGUUUAUUAUUAUUUUUUUUUUCGUUCCCGCUAUUAUUUAUUUGUUCGCGCCACGGACUGUUCUUGUUGGUGCGGACACACACACACCUAUACGUGGAUCUCGUGUUUUUGUGACUCACACACACACACACGCCGUGGUGAUGCCAGAGGAUGGUGAUCUGAAACAAACGGAAGACUGAGCCGGACUUAUAAGUGUGCUCUUCAGUUUCUUUUUUUCUUUAGUUCAAUGAGUCACACGAACGGUUUUUUCUUUUGUAUAAGGCGUUAAAAUGCCCAUCUUGCUCACGAAAGAAGAGGUUGUUGGAAAGAAAGCCAAGGUUGUUCUCGUUCAUUAUGAGUUACCCUUUUCUUUCUUUUUUUUUCUUUUUAAGUCUUGUGUUGACAUAUUUGUCGUUCUCCCGAACAUCUAUUUAUUUAUUACCCCACCAUCAGUCGGUUCGACCUCGCAUCGGCGUCAAAAAUCCGCCGCGCGACUCAUCAACUCCACCUAUCCCCAUUCCCUGUGCCGCAGCUUUAUUAUCAUUUUUUUAUAUUGCAACGAAAAUAUACUACGAAAAGAGGGAAUAUUACCGCGCGUGUCGCGCUCUUGCCACCGACACCCGUCUCGCCUGUCUCACAGACGACGCAAGGAGACCUCACCAUGAACGCCGUGAUUUUUUUUUCUUUUUGUGUUUAAAUGUGUGUUAGCUUCCCAUUGCACCAUACUUCAUGUUAAACGAGUCUUUUGCCGACGCGGCGAGCGGACCGGGGUAACGUUGGGGUGACGCGGAAGGUUUUGACGCGGACCCGUGGCAGGAGUUACCUGCAGUAAAUCACGCGGUCAACUUCAACCUCCAACCCUAAGUUGCCUCGGUCCUGCAAUAGGGAGACGUUCGAUCCCAGUGGCCUGCGACCGCGCCCUAUGUGGGGAUGCGGAUCGCCAUGAGAUGGCGCUAGGAGAUUCGGGCCUCCUCCCUCCUCCUCGGCGUUGAGGCGAGAGUGAAUCCCCGUAUAUCCGUGAUAUGUCGGGCAGUAUGUUCUAAGAACAAACCCCCACUCCCUUGCCCCACCCCCCCUCCCCCUUCCUAUUUUUUUAAUAUAUAUUACAAAGGUAUCGUAGUGUUGUUACAGUGAAGCAAUGUGUGGUGAAAGAGGUUGGGUUUCGCUAAGGUGUUUGCUGCGCUCUCUAUCUUUUUUUAAAAUAUUGUGCGCUGUUUCGUUUGUUGUAGACUUCGUUGCUCUACGUUUCAAAGUGUGAUGUGCCGCAUGGACCUUUUGCGAGAAGUACGCUGGCGUUCUGGGCGUGAACGUUGAUUUCUGUAUAAAUAAUAAAAAAAAAAAGAAAUAACCCGUCAGAGUGUAAAAUGAGACAAAAUAUUGAUGAAAAAAUUCUAAUGAAUGCCAAACUCCGAUGGCGUACUCGUAUACUGUCAUCAUCCGAACAAAAACAAUUAUUUCUUCAGUGCACCAAGUGCUAAGAGUUUGAUAGGCAGUAAUAGUAUACUGUUUAUGUAUUUAGAUUGGUUUCUAUAUUUCCCAGCCUUUCUGAUGAGAUCAAAAUACCUGUUUAAUACACCGGAAUGCCAGUCGACAUCCGCAAAUUGCCUUGACUUCGUGUCUUAAAAACUCACGGCGUCCUUUUUUGUUACUUCCGUUUUUUUUUUCCGACGCCGCUUAUGUACAAAGUUUGUCACUCUGUAAUUCCGUCUUGACUCGUGCCUUUUCGCUUCUUGUGCCUUUGCGCGUGUACCAGCAUUUUUUGUGUACGAUCGUGUUCGCGUCUCUGGUUGCCUUGACAGAUUUGUCAACGUUAACUUGAAGACAGCUUCAGAAGACUCGCUUCGCUUGUUGUUCGUGCCCGCUCGUAUAGCGAUAUACGAAGCGAGCAAUGCCACGUUAACUUGUUAUCACUGUAUUGUCUUCCGCGGCGGAAAUUUUGUCCAUUUCGGCACGAGUGUACAGUGCGUCUACGAAGUCUUAUUUUUUCCCCCCUUGUUCACUUGGAACAUUUUCAACAUAGCUGUGAAAGCGUUGUUGCUUGUACUGGAGGUUGUGUUUCGAGUCCAAAUAAACUCCUUGUUUUUGAAUACA